ACAUCGUCCAUACACGUUCUUCUUCUUCAAUUCAUAUGGAAUGAAAAAGUUUGGAAGGAGAAAAGAAGAAGAAGACGAUUUUUAAAAAGAAAAACAAAAUUAUGGAAUGGAUGAGAAAUACGUUAAACGGCCAAUUUAUCGCCGAAAACUCAGAUUUUUUAUCUGAAAACACGACGACGACGACAUUAGGAUUCACCCCGAUCACUGAAGAAAGCCCAAAUUGUUCAUUCUACGAAUGGUCAAGAAACCCAUCACAUGCUCAAUUCUUCCGAAUAUUCUCAAUCAUUUCCGUUCUAACCGUUUUGGUUGUAGUUGUUGUUCUGGGAAACGCUUUGGUAAUAGCUGCGGUUCUUCUCAGAAGGCGUCUUAGAUCGGCAACCGGUCUUCUAAUUUUGAGCUUGGCGUUGGCUGACUUACUUGUGGGUACCGUAAUCCUACCAUUCAGUAUUGCUAAUGAAGUACUCGAUCAGUAUUGGAUAUUUGGAGAAACGUGGUGCACAAUAUGGCUAACACUUGAUAUUUGGAUGUGUACAGCGUCAAUUUAUAACUUGGUAGCUAUAUCGAUAGAUCGAUAUAUCGCCAUCAUCAAACCAUUGAAUUAUCCAAUGCUGGUAACCAAAUUCCGGGCGAGGUGCACUGUUGCAAUUGUCUGGAUUGGAAGUUUUUUGAUCUGCUCUCCAAGUUUUUUCUUGGCAAGUUCCAUAAAAGACAAGGAAACUCCAUGCAGAUGCACUCCAGCAAAUGCAGGACGUGUAUAUGUGGUCUUCUCCGCAUCCAGUAGCUUUUACAUUCCAAUGAUCAUUGUCGUUUUCGUUUAUUUCCGAAUUUAUGUGGCAGCGAGAGCAGCCACCAAAUCAAUUUAUUCGGGAAUGAUGAGUGUGACAGCGGCAGCUAAUAAGAAACAAAACCCAAAGAGCUAUCUUUUGAACCAUCCCGACGUGAUCAACAAGGAUUCGUUACCGAUGCUCCGUGUACAUCGUGGCUCUUCCGUGGUCGCUCAAAUUACGCCAAACAAGCCGUAUAACACAUGCCGACAAAACGGAAAUUCCAUCGACGCCACCGCAAACGGGACAUCACAGAUCACUGCGGCGGCGACGAAAGCGAGAAAAUUUGCGAAUGAUUCGGCGAAAACACUGGUAAAUCGUGGAGCGGUUGGAGCAACACAACAAGCUCCUAUAGGGGCAAGAUUCAAGAGACAUGGAAGGGACAGUGAAAGUUCGGUUGAUUCAAUGAAUGGCACAAAUUCAUAUUCUGCCACUCCACACAAAUCUGGUAACGAAGAACUAGGUUCUCUUAUCGAAAACUCACGUAGCAGUUCGACAGACUCGAAUGAAAAAACUGAACAAUUGACGAAUCAAACCGAUGACAAUUUUUCAAUGAGCAACAAUAACAACAAUGGAGACGAAAAAGAAGCAUUCGAUGAGUCUUUGUUAAGUGAAUCAAAAAAGAAAUCAAAGAGUCUAGCGUCAAAAUUCAAUCACUUGAUGCGACGUGGUCAAAAGAAAAGGACAGCCGGUGCAUAUGAAAAACGAUUGUCACUAGAGAUUAAAGCAGCGAAAACUGUGGCCAUUGUAACGGGUUGUUUCAUUUUCUGUUGGCUUGGUUUCGCACUAGUUUAUGGCUUGGAAAUAAAGCUGAAUGAUGUCGUCUGGAGCAUUGUUUUCUGGCUUGGUUAUCUGAAUUCUGCUCUCAAUCCGGUUAUUUACACAGUAUUCAAUCGCGAAUUCCGAAUAUGUUUCAAGAGAUUGUUGACGUGUCAUCAUUUGAACCAUCCAACGCAGAAGUACACGAACAACAAUUCGUAUAACUCAACGGCAAUUCGAUCCACAAAUGCCGUUAACCGUGUACCUCAAACAAGUCUUGGAAACUACACACAAACACAAAAUUCGGAGAAAAGUUCUGCAGCAGUGACAUUUAACACUCCAACCAACUAACUAAUUGUUAUGAACUUAUUUCAAUUUUUACAAUUAAAUAAUCUUUCUUCCGUUCGAAUUCCAUCCCAAUCAUGAUUUCAUUAUUUCUUCUCUCACAUUCUUCCGGUGAAUUCUUUCCGACAAUCUAACAAUACAGGGUAAUCUCAUUCUCAGAAUUGUUCGAGUUAUCUGCUUCACAAUUUGACAUUUUCUCAGUUUGUGACUUUAAAUAACUUGCAAAAUUAAAUAAAUAUUAUAUUUACAUAC